GCGGGGACGUCCACGCUCCGCGGCCUCUCGGAGUGCUGGAGUCUGGCGGCUGCAGGAAGGUUGUCCUGUACUGUUUCUGUAGUGCUCUGACUGUCUGUCUGGAGCCACAGUUGUUUAAAAGCCUAGGCUACUUGAGAAGGGCUUGCCAUUCCAAGCUCUGUUUACUGUGACUACGACUGUCGGGUCCAAGAUGAACAAAGUUUGUGCUAUUUUCGGGGGCUCCCGGGGUAUUGGCAGGGCAGUAGCGCAAUUGAUGGCACAGAAAGGCUACCGAUUGGCGAUCAUCGCCAGAAACCUGGAAGUGGCCAGAGCCGCCGCCGGUGAGCUCGGCGAAAAUCAUUUGGCUUUUAGCUGUGACGUUGCAAAAGAACAUGAUGUUCAAAACACAUUUGAAGAAAUGGAAAAACAUUUAGGCCAAAUAAAUUUCUUAGUAAAUGCAGCUGGUAUUAGCAGGGAUAGUCUUUUAGUAAGAACAAAAACUGAAGAUAUGGUGUCCCAGCUUCAUACUAACCUCUUGGGUUCUAUGCUGACAUGUAAAGCUGCCAUGAAGACUAUGAUUCAACAGCAGGGAGGGUCUAUUGUUAAUGUUGGCAGUAUCAUUGGUUUAAAAGGCAAUUCUGGGCAGUCUGUGUACAGUGCCAGUAAAGGAGGAUUGGUUGGAUUUUCCCGUGCACUGGCUAAAGAGGUAGCAAGAAAGAAAAUUAGGGUGAAUGUAGUUGCACCAGAUAUGGAAGAGGAAACAGAGACUAAUUUGACGAAAAAUGAUCAACUGUUUGGUGUCAAGGGCCUGACAAGAAUAUCCUGGUGGAAAGAAUACUGAAAGUUAAUCUAAUAGUACUAACUGAAAUUGAUGAACAGUAAACGGAUAGAUUUACAUAUGGUUUGCAAAGUUCCAAAAAAACAAACAAGCGUUCAAAGUGUUUAUCUCUAGAAAGUAAGACUACAAUGAGGUGGAAAAAACUUUUGCAUUUUAUAAUCUAUACUGUUUAAAUUUUUAAAAGCAUUUGGAUAUAAAGAUUACCAUAACAGAUGAAAUGACUUAAAACAUACAGGACUGGGGGUUUAGCUCGGUGUAGGGCACUUUGUAGCAUUGGGAGGCUCUCAGCUCUAAGGAAUAGACAAAUUCUAGAAGUUUAUCACAUCACAGAAGAAGAUACAAACAAGACAAUACUACUGUUUUAGUAACUAACUAUCCUAGAACCUGAAAAGGAGAUCCAUUUAUUUAUCUGCUAUCUUUGAAGCCACUGGGGGGUGGGGAGCUCCUCCGAAGAAUUUAAUCAAUCACGACCAUUCCUGCAACUACAAGCACCAACAGGAUUGCCAUUGGCACCACCACCACUGGUUAAGACUAUCACUGAGCAUUUGCCAUGUACCAACAUCAUCAUAAGUGCUUUACCUAUAAAAACUCAUCUGAUCUUACAAAAACCUUAAGAAAGAAGCCACUUUUAUGGUCUCCAUGAUACAAGAGAGGGGACGCUGAGGUAUAAGGAUUUAUUAAGUGAGUGGUGUGAAGAGGUCUGGCUCAUGACUACCAGGAUGCAGUGCCCCUCCUCAAGCACCAUGGAGUAUUCAGGACUUAGCACAUGCUCUGUGGCUCCAUCAGGCACAAAGGACCUUCCUAAUUUGGGUUCCUUCCUAGACUGUGGCUCUCACUCUGUUGUCCCUGUCCUCUCUGUUUCUGAGCUAAUAGGCUGUGAACACGGAAGUGCAAUCUAAAGCAGAUCCUGAGGACUCCAGACAUGGAACUUUUAGGUAGUUAUGUCCAAGAUGCCUAAAAACUGUUUAUUUGUUGGAGAAACUAUCACAAUAUACCAAGCAGCUUGAAGGGGUUGUUUUUGCAACUAAGAAAUUAAAUUUGCUUCCAGAAUUUCUUUCAGUUUUGGCAGCAUCGACCAGCACUUACAAUGAGAAACUACUGAAUGCUUAGUCUCCACUUAGUUACAGUGGUACAACCUAAGUUCAAAAAAAGGUAGCAGAUGGACAGGAAGAUGAGCUUUAAUUCACACAAUGCAAGUAAAAUCUGAAGCUAAAUUUCUGGAAAUCAAAAGAUACAUGACAUGAUAGCAUAAAUACUACCAUAACUUCAUCAUGGGAGUUUUUAUAUAUUUGUAGUUUUAUUCUUCCUAUUUGAACAAGAUGUUUGUUGCAGUAAGAGUAAACUAGUAAAAAGAAUAACAUCUAAAUAAACUGGAAUUAAACUCUUAAAAUGGCUUUGGCUUUGAAAUCACAGCUCUUUUCAACUCUUCUGGCCCCUGAGAUACUGAGUGCAUUCCCUGGCAGAAGUGAUUGUGAUACCAAUUAUUAUAUGACCUUGACUAAAUAAUUUGGGGUCUGAAUUUUGUCAUUAUUAAAGUUGGAGUAUUUUUAGAUAGUUUCCUUUAAAUAGUUUUCAAGUCUCUUCAUGUUAUAAAAACCAUUAUCUAGUCUUUCAAAAUUAUACAUCUGAAUAUUACUAAUUUUAUUUAUCUGCUAUGUUAAUCUCUUGAGAGAUUAUAUCACUAAAUAUGUUCAAGUUUAGGAAUAUAUUUUUUACAUGCUGAUGAACUACAUCAAUUUAUAGAUUUUUUCCAAAUUCCUGUUAACAUAGGCCUAUCAUUGAAGAACUAAACAUUUCUGAAUAAAUAAUACACUGCCAAUAACAUUUUUUACAUAUUUUGAUCUCUUAAGGAUAAAUAAAUGAAAGGAAUGCACUUUUGGCUCUAGUACUGGAGUAAUUUAGUUCCCUUAAAGGUCAACCCUUGCUAGUUUAACAGUUAAUAGCCACGAUACCCAAGCCAAGGGUUCUAUGGUGUGAAUGCAGGCCUCGCCUGGUCACCAGGCUCCCAUUCCAACCUCUCAUCUGAAGAAUGAAGAAGCUCAAAAAUGCAUUUUGGCAAGCUCAAGAAAUGCAGCUUAGCAGCACAAAUUAAGAGCUUUGUGACCAUGAAAAAAAAAAAAAACCUGUGUAUUUUCAAUGGCUUUCACUCUUCUUCGCUUUUGACCAGCUACCUUUGACAUUCCUUAGAGGCCAAAGGAUGAGAAUCAGUAAUGACAGAUCUGACUAACCUUUCCCCUUAGGAGGCAGAUCCAACUUUCUGCAGUAAAUGAAAUCUAUCUAAAUGUAUCUUGGGGAAGAACUAUUAUAAAUGAGGUUUCCACCCUGAGAAAUGACUAAACCAAUCCAAAUAAUUCUUAGAUAAAACAAUCCAAUUCUGAUGUAAUUACUCUUAAGAAUGAGAAACGUAUAAUAGGUACAUGAAGUUUACAAACUGGUUACAGAUUAUUCUGUAUAGCCAAGAGUGCACUUGUAAUGUUAAGCCUGUAUUACAUGUACUUAACAAAGCCUGCUGCAUGCCAUAUCUGGGUUUUAUGAUGAUACCAUAAGAUUAUACACUGAAAGGUUAGAAGAAUAGGUAGUACCUAUUAGGGGAGGUGCAUAUACACCUGAAUGAAUGUGAUUAUUAUGUUUUUUAGAGUUAAAACAAAUGAUGUAAAAGGUCACUGGAGAGAGUGUAUCAUCAGUGUGAUGGUACACACGGAAGCCAGGAAUAGACAGACAGAAGGAAUUGCAUGGUUUGCCCAGCAGGGUGAUAAACCUGGUGAAGUACUGCACAAGGACUAUGCCAGAGCUCAGGUUAGGGAUUGGAUUUCUUCAACUCUUAGGGUCUCAAGUGAGGACCCCAGGGUAAGAACAUUUUUAAUAUUCUAAAUCCUUUCUAAUGAUAAUACAAACAUUCCAAGGAGCAAAGGACAGUUAUGCUCCAAACCAGCCAGGUUGCCACAAGGGUGACAUUCUCCCUGAAGAAUGAGGAUGAAGUGAUGCAUAGCUGACUGUCCAAUAAGUUUAGGCCCCAGUAACACAGUCUCAGCGGGUGUGUGGUAUACACUAUGCAUGCCUGACUGGGUACAGUGGUGUCAGUAUAACACACAGCUUUAAGUUUAAAUGUGAUAAAAUUAUUUGCCAAGGUGUCCCAGGUAAAAAUGAGAGAAUGUAUUUGUUGUACCUUUCUUCAUAACUUGGCCUUUCAAAUAUCAUAUAUCUUGAUUAUGGCUACUAGAAAAAGAAAGCAUACUUUUGUUCUCAGAAGUACAAACAAUUGCUACCAAGGAACCAAAAUUAAGAAAUAGUUUUGUGAUUAAUACCAUCUGAAUAAGACAGGAUUAAUGUAAUAGAUACAAGUAUGGAAAUACAAAAGUUAUGAACUCAAUAGUGAUUUUUUUUUGCUUGGUGUAUUUUAAUCUCUAAAAUAUUUAUCAGAAGGGUAAAUUGAAGAUCCACAGAAUUUACAAAAAUGGCAAAAUAGGCCAGAGACAUUCAAGCUAUUUGAGUUACAGAUUAUUCUGUAUAGCCAUUUAUUCUGUAUGUUAAUGAGCUAAUAGGCUAAAUGUUUCUUUUUGCCUGUCAAGUGCAUGAUACCAUUGUAUUUAAAAACUCUCACUGUGUGGUAUCCUCGAAGCAUCAAGGCACUGUGAGGGCCCUCUGCCCUCGACUGUGUUCUGCUGUGGAGUGAACUCCAGAGGGAACGCUCCUGGCCUGUGCCCUCUCUUCUAAGGAGUAGCAGUGGUAGGUGAAUCUGUUCUCAGUCAGCCUCUCCUUUUGAUUCCUCAUUGUGGUUCUGCUGUUUGCAGGGAGGGAACGUUUUCUCUCUCUCUCUCUCUCUCUCUCUCUCUCUCUCUCUCUCUCUCUCUCUCUCGCCUUUUGGGGCAUCUUACCUCCGUAGCGAAGCUCAUUUGGCCUGACAGCACACCCCCUUUCACAUCUGAGAUCCCUCCAGCACAGACCUGAUGCUUGGAUCUCUCAGAAUCCUCAGUUUAUCUCUCAGACUGUCUCAGAUGUGUGCAGGGAGAAAGGAAAGCGCUCCUUAAACACAUCAUUCAUGCCUUUACUGGUCUGAGAGACCCUGACACAUGUGGGCUCUCUUGCUAAUAAAUUAGUGAGCUUUUAAACUUCCAGCUAUUGCUUGUUUAGCCUUAAUCUGAAGAGACUGGUAAAGAGUGGAGAAGUGAACGUGACCUCACAUUUACUCGGUGCAGCAAAAUAGGAGCACCAAACAGACCUACUGGUGGGAAGGCAAUCUGAGGGCUUCCACUGACGUCUCAGUGUGUGCCUUUGGCGACAGGUCUCAGUCCUUACCUUAAGGAUUAGAAUAGUCCCCUACCUCAUGCCUCAUGUACAAGCCGCCCCUAAGCCACUCCAGUAAAUGAAGGCUUAUGCACUGCCACUGAUUUCCCAUGCAGCUUUAGUAUCCCUUUCUUCUCAAGACAGGAAACAGUUUUAUAACUGCUUUCAUAAUCACUUUGAAUUCAGGAUCCAAAUAAAUUUGGCUGAAAUUUACUCUGCCAAAUGGCUGGUAACAUUUUUAGUUUGUUGCCUUUUAAUAAGAUACUGCUAUUAGGCUUUGAUUAUGAAAAUGAAAUGGCCAAAGGUAAACCAUCAUAUAAGACUGUGCAAUCAGCAAAGUAUUCUUAAUGGCCAACGGCAUUGAACAUUUUUGCCUGAGAGAAUUUAAAACACAAUGAUUGUUCCUGAAAGUCAGUACUACAGUAGUCAUCAUAAAAAACUUUUAAAAUUUGCAUUCAAAAUUAUAAGUGCAGACAUUAUUUCUUGUGCAGUAUUUGUUUCUUUUAAAUUAAAUUCAAUUUCUUAAAAUAGUAACACAUACAUGAUAAAAAAUAAAAAAUAAAUUUAAAAAAAGUCUCCCCAAACACUAGCAGAGUUCCAGAAAAAUCAGUUUCCUCACAACUCACUGUUACCACUGCCUGAGUUCCCUCCCAGAUUACCCUGGACCUAAUAAGCACACAGAUGUACGCGCCACGCUUCUGUGCUCCUAUACCGAGUGUUCUGAACACAGAUUUCCACACCGAAUAUAUUUGAUUAUUCAGUGCUGUCCCAACACUGCUGACAGCAAUUACUACUUCUACAUGUAGCUGAAACCAAAUUCUUUGAAGUAAUUAAAGUUAGAUUUAACCAAAUAUGAAGAUGGAACAGAUAAAACUUUAACUCUGUCUCAGUUAAAAUAAAAAUAAAAAUCUUUGUUAAGUAUCAGUCUCACUGUGCAUUAUUUAGGCUGUACUUCGGAUUUUAGCUUUGGUUAUUGUGUCCUGGGGGAGAGAUUUCGUCAUCUGGAGCCUGGUACCAAAAUAUUAUUACAGAAAAUAGUUUCUUCAGUUUUUUUUUUUUUUUUACAUUUCUGUGGGUAUUGUGUUUUUAAAUAAUGAAAUUCUCUUUUAAAGAAAGAUGGGAAUCUCUGUAAUCACUUUGAUAACUGAGGAAGCUUUUGCCUCAGACUGAAAAUAAUAUUUCACAGAAAACAGCACAGUUCACUCCCCAAAGGACUCAGUUAAUAUGGGAGUGAGCAAGAGUGAGCCCCUGUCUCUAACUCAUUGUCAUUUAUAUACUCCCGUGCACUGACUGCUGGAAUUCUUUCAUUCCCCCUCUUUUUGUAUCCUCUGCCUAAUGUCCAGCUCUCUACCCCAGCUCCUGUGCCAGGCCAGGGAAGUCAGCAUCUUCAGAAAGGGACUUCUUUCUGUGGUUGAUUUGCGGUUCAGAAUCUAGAAUGGGACCUGACAUGUAAUUCUCCACUGAAAGAGCUCCACUUAUAUCGCCAGGGUUGACAGUAAUACGUGGUUUAUCAGUUGGCAGCAGUUUUCAGAUGUGAAAAGAUGAAAAUAACCAAUUAACAUAUUUAACGCUGUGUCUGCUCUCUUGGUGUGGAGGGGAAGGGCCUGCCUGUCCCUGGUCACACACCUCCAGACCUGCUCUGUUCAGUUUGGGAUCCAUCGGCCAUAUGUGGCUCUUGAACACUGGAACCAUUGUUAGUCCAAACUGAGAUAUGCUGUAAAGUGUAAAAUAUACACUGGAUUUUGAAAAUUUAAUUCAAAAUGUGGAUGUAAAAUGGUCUCAUUAUUCAUUUUUAUAUUCCUUCUAUGUGCAAGUGGUAACAUUUCAAGUGGGCUAAAUAAAAGAUUGUUAAAAUUA